AUGAAUAUCAUCUUACCCAACUUUUCAGUAAUUUUGACAGAUGACGAAGUUGUUGAUUUGCUCUUCCACAUCUGCUCGCUGUGGCAGACAGAACGUAAUAUAGUUCAUUGGUGUCGACCAUUCAAAAUACAGAAAGCUCCAAUAGUUCCCGAAGAGUUUCUUUUUGAUCCUAUAAGACUCAAAAGAAUAUAUUUCUAUUAUGGAAGUCAGUAUGCCAUGCAGACGGCUGCUGAAACCGCAAUGGAUGUUGAAAACAGAAGAAGAUCGGAUAAUGUUAUUGUGGAGUUUCCGGACGUAACGCACAAAGGAGCAGUAGCUGCCUUUUUGGCAAUUCUAUCUCAGUUUUCGAAAAACGAUCGGAAAUCAGUAGUGAUACUGAAGAAGGAAGAAAUGUAUCUGAAUACAAUUUCCAUGUAUACGCCCAAUAUCUUUGAGUUCAAGGAAGGCAAUCUGGUGCGUCUUGUAGAAUGA